GAUGGAUCCUGGGGCGGCAGCCCCUGCUGCGACGGCUCCGGCGACAGCCCCGGCAGCUGCCCCGACAGCCACCCCGGCGGCGGGGACGCAGGCCUCCGCUCCAGUGGGCAUGGAAGGCAUGGAGGACAUGGACGACGAGCUGAGGCAGGCUCUCCUACUCUCCAUGCAGGAGUCGGAGGGAGGUGCGGCAGCUCCAGGUGAGACGCAGGCAUCGGCUCCGAAGCGAAAGGCAGAGGAGCUGGCGGAGGACACCGAGAUGAAGACUGGCGAAGCGCCGGCCUCCAGCGAGGCCCCCGCCACAGCUCUGAUUCGCCCGUGA